CCGGAACACGCUAUUCUGAUUAGACCAUCACAUCAACAAACAGCUUGACACUGUCGGUGUCAGAAGACAGCUUUCGACAUGAGUUCCAGAGUGUUUAGUGGUCCAGAGAAAGAGGAGGAGGACGAGGAGGAAGAAGAGGAGGAGGAAGAAGAAGAAGAGGGGAGGGUCAACCCAACAGAAGUGAAAAUGAGUCAGAUUGUGAUGCCAUGUCACAGCAACCACUGUCAGGAACUCAGUGUGGGGCAACUUCUCAAAUGGAUUGACUCCACUGCCUGCCUUUCUGCUGAAAGGCAUGCUGGGAGUCCCUGCGUCACCGCCUCCAUGGAUGACAUCCACUUUGAACACACCAUUAGAGUGGGUCAGGUGGUGAACAUCAGGGCAAAGGUCAACCGAGCCUUCAACACCAGCAUGGAGGUUGGCGUCCAGGUGAGCUGUGAGGACCUGUUCUCUGACCGCCACUGGAGAGUUUGUCAUGCGUAUGCCACCUUUGUUACCCAGCGCACAAACACAGGAAACAAGGUGAUCUUGAAGCCAGUUGUACCUCACACUCAGACCGAGCAGGUUGAAUACAGUGUGGCGGCUGAGAGACGGCGUGUACGAAUGCUACAUGAUGACAUCAUCAAAGAUCUGCUCUCCCAUGGGUCAAUCCAGCAGGCUGACAGCUCUGCAGAAAGCAAUGCGAUGGCAGCAGAGAAGACCAAAGUGGAGAGUGUUGAACUGGUUCUACCGCCACACGCUAAUCAUCAGGUGAACACAUUCGGAGGACAGAUCAUGGCCUGGAUGGUGAAUGUUGCUACAAUUGCUGCCAGCCGUCUGUGUCAGGCUCACCCGACUCUGCGGACCAUCGACAUGUUCACCUUCAGAGGACCUUCUCAGGUUGGAGACAGACUGCUUCUGAGGGCUAUAGUCAACAACGCCUUCAAAAACAGCAUUGAGGUGGGGGUGCGUGCAGUGGCCUACAAGGGAGAGGGACCUAACCGACACAUAAACUCUGCCUUCAUGACUUUUGAGGUGCUUGAUGACCAUGGAAAGCCACGCACGUUACCACGGAUACGACCUGAACCCCUGGAAGGGAAAAGGCGGUUUCAAGAAGCCAUAGCCAGGAAGAAGAUCCGAUUGGACAGGAAGUACAUCAUUUCCCGCAAGCAGGGUGAAGUUCCUUUGUCUGUCCCCUGGGAUCCAAGAAACCAGGUGUAUCUGAGCUAUAACAAUGUUUCAGCUCUGAAGAUGUUGGCUGCCAAAAAAAACUGGCGCGUCAGCUCUGAGAAAGACAAAGUUCGUCUGUACACCCUGGAGCAGAAGUCCACGUUGAGUAUCAGGGUGGAAUCAGAGGUGGACAUUCCUGCUCAAAGAGCCUUCUGUUUGCUGGCUGAGCUGAGCAACAGACCCACCUGGGAUAAACAUUAUCAAAACUGUGAGCUGAUCUACCCGGUCGACGAUGAUGACUCCUUGUAUCACGUGGUGACUCCAUCAGUGCAUCAGGGUGGAGUAGGCUCCUCUAACUCAGCCUGUCAGGGAGAAGGUGUUCUUCAGGACUUCAUCUUGUUGGCCUCUAACAGGAAGCCGUGUGGCAGCGGAGAUCCAUAUGUCAUCGCUCUGCGUUCAGUGUCUCUGCCCACUCACCCUCCUACUGAAGAAUAUCACAGAGGAGAGGUUCUGUGUGCAGGAUUCACCAUCCUGGAGACCAAAAACAACAUGUCACUAAUCAGUUACUAUAACCAGGCGUCUCCAGAGGUUCUUCCAUACAUCUCCACAGAUAUUGCCGGCCUCUCCUCGUCUUUCUACCACACGUUCUGCUCCUGCAGCCAAUACCUGACGAGAAACAGACUGCCCUCCAUCCCCUUUAUGCCAACAGGCCAAAACCCAGACUCGAGCACAGACAGUCCCACCUGUGACGACGAAGCUGACAGCCUGUCAGUGGCCCUCCACAGCACCCAGCUGUAGGAACUGUGCUGACAUGUUUCCAUCACAGAGAUGAGAGCGGAUCAAUCUCUUAUACUUCAUCAGUGGUUCUCAAAUGGUUGACCCUCAGGACCCACCAUGUCAGACAUUUUUUCAAUCAACCUGAUUUGUUUGAAACACCAUCAGACGGUACAAAGUGUGAUAGAACAGAGAAAGUUAACAAAGUGCUUCUUAGACUUUUUGACACCAUUUUUCUUCCAGGCACAACUUCGCGACCCACUGAAAUCUGCUUUGCGACCCACUUUUGGGUCCAGACCCACCAGUUGAGAACCACUGUAACGACAUGGUACGAUUUAUUCAGUCACAGAAAUCAGAGGACGAAACUUGUAUACAAACUUCUGAGUCCUUUUUGUUUUGUGAUUUAAUGAUAGAAUAAUAGGAACAAAGACACUUAGUGCCAACUCUCAUAAUGAACCAGAAUAAUUUUAAGAUUUUUUUGAACUCGGAGUGAACACAAAUUAAACAUUUAAAAGCAAAGAUGUCUUUUUGUAUUUUACUGAGGUGUGCGGUUCAUUUAGAAAAACAGCUGUUUGCACAAAGCAACAUCAGUCCUUUGUUGAUAACAUGAUUUUUUUAUUCAAUGCUUUCAUAAGACUUCAAUAAACACUUUUUUAUUUUAAUAAA